AUGACCUUCUCACCCCGUGGGACAAAAAGCGGAGAGUUUGCGUUUGACGUAUGCAAGCUGAAGCUGGGCUCCGGUGGCAGUGGGACGGUGUUUCUCGCACAGCACCAUUGCACCCGUGAGCUCGUGGCAGUGAAGCGUCUCUUUGCAAAAGGAGCGGCAGAAUGUGGAAGAAGUCCUUUGCAGUGUGCGCGUCUGGCAGGCCACCGUUGCUAUCAUCAUCGUCAUCAUCAUCAUUGUUCCUGUGUUGCCCAUCAUGGGAAAAGGCCCACAAGCGCAAGGACGGCAACACUGACAUUUGAAAAGGAUGAUGAUGAUGACAAUCUGCUGAGGGAUGUGGACGGCCACGUCAGCUGCAGCAGCGAUCUAAGCAACAACAGUCAAAUCUACGACGAUGAUAUGCAUGAUGACAGCGACGGCAUUUUUGAGGAAAAAGAAGAUGAAGAAAUGGUGGAGGUGAAGGGGGUGACGGCGGAGCUGGAGAAGGAAAAUAUAAGUGAAGAAGGGAGGGAGAAAAAGAGUUCUCCUGCGUGGGGACGGAUUCCUUCUGUUGCCCGUUCGCCCUGCGAGAGUACGAUCCUGCAGUACCUUGGGCCACACCAUCACAUUGUAAAGUUCCUCGGUAGUUACACCUCCCCAAGCAGGGUCACAUUCUUCGCCAUGGAGCUCAUGGACAGCGAUGUUGGGAGAGAACUGCGUGCGGCCAAUACGGCUUUUAUGAAGGAAGAUAUUGCGUGCCCAUUGCUUUAUAGUGUGGCUUCUGCAAUUGCCCAUCUUCAUCGACGCGGCGUCGCCCACCGUGACAUCAAGCCAAGUAACAUUCUUCUCCGGCGGGUAAAUGCGGCAAAAAUGAUUGUCAAUGCCGCUGAACAGUGUUUCCCCGCAAUGCCUGGAGCAGGGCUUGGCAGCACGCACAUAGAACGCCGGCUCAACAAUGUCUUUUUCUCCGAAGAGAAGGAAGAAGAGCAGAAAUACUUCAAGGCUGCUCUUGGGGACUUCAGUGCAGCACACUUCAUGCAUGAGAGCACGAAAGUGGGGAGUGGGCGUGGGACUUUGUACUAUAAAUCCCCAGAGCAGCUCAUGGGCCGUGCUGAGGACUACUUUGCGUGUGACAUGUGGGCUCUGGGCUGCACAUUAUUUGAACUGAGCACCGGGUCUGUUGCCUUUUGCGGCUCCACAGACCUGCAGGUCCUUCAUCAGAUUUAUGCAAAACUUGGCACGGAAUUUCAAUUUUACCCAGAAAAAAUACGUGAGACGACAUUGUUUGACAGUCUUUCUGCCCCGUCAACGGCGUUUCUUGAGUUGUUGAAGGGGCUUCUUGCACUCGACCCAAAAAAGCGUUUGACAGCAAGUGAGGCAUUGAAGCAUCCUUUUUUUGAUCCCAUUCGGCAUAAAUAUGGUGUUGACAGCGAAAAUAUGGAGGUGACGUUUCCUCUGCGACCCCGCUGCUGCAGGCCGGUGGAUACGACUCGGUUCACUUUCCGCCCCGUUUGUAGCACACCCGCCAAACGGUCUCAGAGGGCAAUCGCGGGUGUCUUUUCGCGUGUCAAGUGUGGCCUGAACUUGUCGGACCCCAACCUGUCUUGCUCUGGACGACGAUGCAGCGUGUGGUCCUCCUCGUUUAGCGGGAGUCUGACUCCAAGAGCUGCUUCUACUUGUAUGAAGUCGCAUCAUGAGAGCAUUAAUGCCUCGCGUCGUCGUAGUGGCGGAUGGGGUGCCUGCAGCGCCGCCGUCCCUCUCUCUUUCUCCUCCUUUACUCCCAAAGCAGGCGGGAUGAGUGCACAGGGAAAAGAUGAUAAUCCCAAAACGAUUGGUCCACCUAUUUCUCCCGUGGCGUUAUGUUUUAGCCCGGCGACUUCUGUCAAGUGUCGUGGCAGUUCUAUGAGUGCCAACAAGAUGCAUACUGCUACCGCUACUGCUGCUCCUGCUGCUAGCACUCUGGCCACAACCGUUUCUCCGCAUGGAAAGAUGCUGCGAUGGACCCCAUCCUCUAAAAUCACGCUUGGGAAUGCACGGACCAACUUAUUAUUUGAAAGAGUCGUACUGGGGGGAGAUGCAUGUGGUGGUGGUUGCCCAACGGGGCCACGCGUGUUAUUGGAUGAUGAUUCCCAUUCCUGUCGUCAUGAUGUUGACUCACCGCCUGUGCGCAAGAUACUUUUUGCGUCACCCCAUCAGUCUCUUAUCUACCGGCUAAACGACAGCUCCGACAACGCAGAGAGCAGCGCAGUAGCCGUCGAUGAGCCCUAA